AUGUUAACCGCCAAGACCGCCCGUUCUUUAUUUGCGGUCGCAUCGAAUUCAAUCAAACCCCUCGCUGCUUCGCGUGGCUUAGCAACAGUUACUGACCAAUCUUUUGCUAGCGUCAAACCUCCACCUGCACCUUAUUCCCUGAGUGUCUCUUCAAAACCGGCACCAGCAGCACUCAAAUUUAAAUCGGGAGAAAUUUUUCACGGAACCUCAUUCGGUGCCAUGAAGUCUGUCUCUGGAGAAACCGUAUUUACGACCUCGCUUGUUGGAUAUCCAGAAUCCAUGACUGAUCCUUCAUACCGAGGUCAGAUUUUGGUAUUCACUCAGCCUCUUAUAGGCAACUAUGGAGUGCCAGGGCUCGAGAAGGAUAAAUAUGGCCUCCUAAAAAAUUUUGAAUCAGACAGAAUUCAAUGUAAAGGUAUCAUUGUGAACGACUACGCAAGUCGCUAUUCUCACUGGACUGCUGUAGAGUCCCUUGGGGAAUGGUGUACUCGUCACGGUGUACCUGCCAUAUCUGGAAUUGAUACUCGAGCAUUAGUUCAUAUUUUGAGAGAUCAAGGGUCAACCCUUUCCAAGUUCGUGGUUGGAGAAGAUGCAGAAAAAGAAAAUUUCUCCAAAAUCCAAUAUUCUGAUCCUAAUAAAAGAAACCUCAUCACUGAGGUCAGUACUAAAGUCCCAGUAUCUUAUAAUCCUUACGGAGAUGUGAAGAUUGGUGUGAUAGAUUGCGGAGUCAAGCACAAUAUUUUACGUUCGCUUGUCGAACGGGGCGCAGCGGUUACAGUCCUUCCAUGGGAUUUCGAUUUUAACAAAAUGGCAGAUCAAUUUGACGGUAUUUUUAUAUCAAAUGGUCCCGGAAAUCCAGCGCAGGCCACCGAAGCAGUCAAAAAUUUACGCCAUGCGUUAGACACUUUCCACAAACCGAUUUUCGGAAUUUGCAUGGGAAAUCUCCUCCUGGGAAUGGCUGCUGGUUUAGACAUUUAUAAAUUGCGAUUUGGAAAUCGUGGUCAUAAUGUUCCUGCACUCAAUCUAAAGACCGGAAAAUGUGCCAUCACUUCCCAAAAUCAUGGUUACGCUUUAAAUGAUAGCGUGAUGCCCCACGGAUGGGAGAAAUAUUUCACUAAUGCCAAUGAUGGUACCAACGAAGGUAUUCGUCAUAAAUCACGUCCAUACAGUUCAGUACAAUUCCAUCCCGAAGCUAAAGGAGGACCUUUGGAUACAGAAUAUUUGUUUGAGGACUUUCUAAUGAAAGUCCGUUCAGAUAAGCUCAAAAGGGAAGGAGAAAAAGUUUUUAUUCCGAAAACUAUUCCCACACAUGCCCCUCUUGUCGUUUGA